CAUUGCUAAGUUGGAGACCUUUUCAACCUGUGCUGCCAUUGCAGGCAGUGCUCACACAGGUUCUACAAUAAUUGUUAUUAACUAUGCAAUCUCUUGGCUAAAGAAUGAAGAUGAAAUUAUGGUUAUUCAAAUGCAAGGCCAAAAUGCUGGUCAGUAUGAGUUCACUAGAGUCCAAAAGGUUACUCGAUCAAUAAUUUAUCUCAUUCAUCCUCUUGUUCACACUUACUCAUCAUCUAGCAAUGCAAGAGCACAAAUAGUCAGAGUGCCUAACUAUUCAAAGUUUACAAUUACAGGAAACGGCAAACUUACUGCGUUAAACUGGAAUGGUACCAGUGGUGGAAUAAUAGCCAUUAGAGCUAGGACAUUCACUAUUGAUCUGGGAGGAACCAUUGAUACUAAUGGAAAAGGAUUCCGAGGUGGUCCAGAAAAGAAGUGUUGUUACUAUUGGAUUGGGGUGACUGGGGAGUCAUGGAAAGAAAUCGGAUUUCCCAACAAUUAUCAGACUUCUAACAAUGCUGGUGGAGGCGGAUCAUCAUACUGUCAGUGUAGAGAAAUAGCAGGAUCAGGAAGCUACGGUUCUGUUGGGUUACCUCCAUUGGGAAAAUCAUGUUCAGGAUCCGGACAUGGCCAGCCUGGUGCCAUAUAUGGCAGUCCUAAUUUAACACAACUUUUCUUAGGUUCAGGAGGAGGAGGAGGUUGUGACAGUUCAACAACAUCAUGUGCGGCGUAUUCUGGUUCAAAUGGAGGAGGCAUUAUCUACAUAACUGCUGGUACAGCAACACUACAUGGCACACUUACAUCAGCAGGAAAUCGUAGAUUAGAACCAAAAAACACUUGUGUUAAGACAGUUGGUGGUCCAGGAAGCGGUGGGACUAUAUAUCUGCAAGCUACAACAUUAAACUUGGAUGAUACUAGGGUGUUCAAUGUCAGUGGAGGAGACCGUGUUUUAGUCUACAACAACCUGUUUAGUGGAAAGGGCGGUAAUGGAAGAGUGCGUGUGGAUUAUGACACUAUGAAUGGAUACUCACACCUUACUGCCAGUGCAAAAUCAAUAGAGACUUCAUUUCCGGGUGUAGGUUUUUGGGGAAGAGUGCCUCCUGGUUAGUGAGUUGUAGUGACAGAUUACAAUGGUUCAAGCAAGCAAGUUCAAUUUAUUUACUUAUAAAACAAAAAAUGUAUAGGAUAGUAGCUGCAAUAGUGCUGAGUACAAUUGAAUGUUGCAUCUAAAGACGAGCGAACUUUCACUGCACACAUCAAGUGGAACUAGCCAGCAGAAACUGUUGAGCCUUCGCUACUCUGUUCAUAACAUUUAUGCAAUGGUGCAGGGUUUGAACAAAC